AUGUUUGACAGGUAGUCAAUGACCUUUUUGACGUAUUGAUACCACUUGCACAAAAGCACCAUCUGAAUACCUAUAAAAACUGAUAUGGGUUGAAAUCAUGUGUUGGUAGAAUGGACACCAUAACCACAUCAUGAAUGACAAAAAAGAGACGAAAGAGUUGAAGAAAUCGCGAACCUUUUUUUCUCCGCCGAAUAAUUUUUCUCCACCAGAUAACAAGCACUUUUUAGCCCGCAGAGAAAGAAUGUUACGUAGCCGCAACUAUAAUUAAAUUUUUCCUCAUUUCAGGACUGAACGUUAUGUGAGAACGUUUAUCAAUAUGUACUUAUUUGGACUUUAUUAUCACAACAGUUCCUGUCAGGUUUUCCUUUUUUGUAAACCUUGUGCGUUUGUUGCAGGUAGUGCUUUUGUAUCAUGAAGUAAGACAAUGUCAGCAGCCAAGUUAGAGGCCAUAAAUAUCUGUUCUUACGAUGAUUAAUCAAGAAAGUUCUUUUUCUUUUUUUUUUUUUAUUAGUAUCUUGCUGUUGGCAGAAGGAAGAACAGCUUACAUGGGCUCAAGAGCUGACGUGAUCCAGUAUUUUGAAGGGUAAGUUUUCCUUAAAAAUAAAGAAAUGUCACUGAAAAGAUGCAUUUUCAUCAUAGAUUUCUUUGUUACCGCUGCACUGAAUUUCAUGAUGAUCGAGAGGCAAUUACAUGAAGGUUUUUCUUUCUUGAGCAGUGCUGAUGGACAGUCUUGAUCAGCCCCUUGUUCAAAGACUAACCUUACUGAUUUUUGUACCGAUGAGGACACUCCUUCGGGCUAAAACUUUUCAAGUUGGUUGGUGUUCAUGAAUACUAACUCGUCAUUAUCGCGAAAAGAACUUCUAUUUCUGAUUCAUAUGAUACUGCUUGGUUUAAACGCGUCAUGUGACCGAAUAUGCACACUAUGAACGCGCCAAAUUUAGGAUCAUUGACAAUCAGGUAUUAAGCUCGACAUAUCUAUUGGUCAUCACGUAUAGAAAUCGAGAGCGAAUAAUCUAAUUGCUUUAAUAUAAAUCUACUUGUCUUUUAAAACUUAGCUACAAGCCAGAGGUUCCUGUUUUUGUGUGUUUACAAUCACACAAUAUUUAAUUUGUGAUAAUUGCAAUUAGGAUUAAUUACUAUUGUUCAGGCACGUUUAUCAGCCGUUGUCUUCUGGUGUAUAUCAUGUUGUUCAUGGGAUACCCUUAAAAAACCCCGAAGGUGCCACCAGUGCCUUGGUUGGGGGUACACGUUCCCCGUUUCUUUUUCCCAGCUGCUGGUUUUCAGGGGUUUUCGUGUCCAGUUUUGGUGCAUUUAGUUUCCUUCAAUCGUAUUAAACAUUUUUAAGCACGUUGGUGUUGAAUAAGCGGCACGGCUGCUUGGCUGGCCAACGCGCCCAGAUGUCAACACUUUGUGCGCCCGUUUGAAUUGUGGAUGCAAAUUGUUUGGUUACUCAUUUUGCUUACUAUUUACUACGGAAUAGAUAGCGAGUGGAUUAGCCAAUCAGAUUGCAGCAUUUGCAAGUAAACGCGAGUAGAUUUAUACUAAUCAGCUUUACAACUAUCAGGUUCAUAUCUUUUUUUGUUAUCACCAACAUAACGGUGUUGUUUUAUUUGUACAGUUUGGGUUAUCCUUGUCCAAUCAAUUUUAAUCCUGCUGAUCACUUCAUUCACACGCUCGCCAUCGUGCCUGGUGAUGAGGAAAACUGUCUCACCAGGGUCAAGGUUAGAGAACAUAGUCUUUUCCUUUACUUCUAAUAGUUAGAUAUGACGAAUUUAGAGUGAAGGUUUGAAUUUGUGCAAAAACUCAAAAUGGUGCACCCGCCACCUUGCGACGUCUUUUGGCGAGAACAAAGGCUAGUAUACUUAUAAUCUCAUUUAUGGAUCACUUAAACAUCUCACUGCCUCCCAGAUUCAUUAGUAAUUCUCCUUACUGUCUGCCAUACAAUUCUUAUGAUAUUAAUUUAGAGAAUUUGGUAUUGGAUCAACUAAUAAUCCCCUAAUUGAUAUUUUUCUUUAUUCUCAUCACUUGUUCGCUUUAUGAUGUGAUGAUACUGUAAGGAGAAAUUCUGUCUUGGUCACUCGUAAGAGUUAAAGGGUUAAAAGCAUCCACAAAUUACAAUUCUGCAUUGACAUAGGAAAGGGUUAGGGGACUCAAUCAUUUGUUAGUCUUACACAAUUCUUUUUGUUGCAUUUUUUUCUUUGUUUUUCUUUUUGUUGUUUUUCAACAAAAAGAACGUUCCUUUUUCAUUCACAAAAUAUCUCCUAUUGAACAUUUAUUACAAUACAUUCGUGUUUACCAAUUUUGAAUGUUGUUCAGGUAAUCUGCGAUGCGUACAGGGAAAAUAACACUGACUCAAUUUCUUCAGAAUCCUUGGGAAAACAAGUAAGUGCAACAAAAUAGAAAAUUGACAAUCAAUUAGUUAAAUAAUAAAUAACAUCUACUGAUAAAAGAAGAGACUCGUUAUUACUUUUCAGUCGGCACACGAACCUUUCAUCCAGAUUAUUUCGUGACCCUUACAGCCACAUUCACUACCGUAAAAAAAUACAGUGUUUAAAGACCAAAAACAUCACCACAAAAUACAGGAGAGUAUUGUUUCGGUAAUGUAUGUAUUGCAAUGCUCUACCAGGCCAAAUAUGGCCAAAUCAAUUUUCCCAGUCUUCUUACAUGACCGGCGUUGCUUCAUUUGUGACUUGAAAUGGCAUGUUUUUUUUUUUAGGAUUCUUUCAAAGAUGAAGUUUACACACGUUCACCGUAAGAUUUCUCUCUACGUUUAACUAUCUAAUAUUCACUGGCACGAUUAUAGCUUUUAGACCCAUUAUCUUUCCUCAUACUGAUGUUACCGGUGUGCACGACUCGUGUCUGCAUCAGUGUAGCACAAGUUGAGCAGCGCAAAGGAGUGGGGGGGAAAGGAGAGGAAGAGGUGGGAGGGGGUAUCCCUGGUUGCUCGCUGGCUCCCUUUUAAUUAUCAAAGAGUUUAGUAAGUACUCAUAAUGACAAUAUGACAUGUAUAGAAAACAUCUUUUGGUUUUAGAUUUCAAACUACAAUUUUUCUCUUUCCUCCCCCCCACUUUGUAGUCUGACGUGGAGAUUUGUCGCGUACUUUUGUUUUUUGUUUUGACGGAGUCGACAUAGUUGUUUUUGAGCUCUCGUUCAUGCAGAUUUGUUACCCCAUUUUUUGGAAUUUUAAGAAGUUCCAGAGUAUUUAUUUCAGCCAAAUGUUGUGGUUCAUUUAACAAGUUUAAUACAUAUUCUCUACGGAGUUUCUAUUUUCUACUAGCCUCUAUUUUCGUGAUGGGUUUUUACAACCUUUUUAAAUUAAAAAAACUUACGCCCUUGUGACUUCUUAUAAAUCAGCUAAAGCAUCUUUGUACAUUAAAUUACGAAUUCUGUCAGAGCCCUCUUUCACAUACACUCGUGAUAUCGUAGGCAGCCGUUGUUUGAAAAGCUUUCUUUCGUGACGAGAACAACGAACGGUUAAAAACUAGAGGUGACGUGACACAAAUUUUCGUCUAAUCUGCUGUAAAAUGAAUUCCACGCGCUGAAUUCAGUAUUUUUUGGGGCUUACACGUGCACACUGUUAGAAAAUCAUCCCUUGAGUCUUAGGUCAUAUUUUGCUUUAUUUCCCAUAUAGGUACAAAGCAUCUUGGUGUCAGCAAUUUCGCUCAGUAUUUUGGAGAUCCUGGUUAACCAAUAAUAGAGAUGUCAUGAUUUUUAGAAUCAGACUUUACCAAAGUAUAGUAAGUAACGUUGACUGACGACUAACUUAUGGUUGGGUGCAUUGAAAGCAAUUCCGAGAGAUAAGGUCUGAAAACAGAUUUAAGGCUCUGUAUGUUCCUAUAUGCAAUUGCUUUAAUUGCAGUUUACGUGCAUAUUAAGUGCCCCUUGUACAUUCAAGAGCCAUGAUUUAAUAUUCAUAAAGUAAUUCGAGAAAAAAAGAGAGUGACAAGUUUAAAAAAAAAAUCUGCGAAGUUGUCUUAUUUUAUUUUGAAAAUGGCGUUUAAGUUGUCUUGUAACUCAUCAUCCUGCAUGCUUGAUUGCACGAGCUGAUGAUCCUGAAGUUUACCAGGGUUAUGGUGCCAUUUUUGAGACCAUUUUUAUAAUAAAACAGUAGUUUAAGCAUCAAAAUGGCAGCGUAAUACGUUUGUUCAAGAAUAUAAAAGUUUAGAGCAGUUUUAUUGACAUCGGAAGGUAGAAAUAAAAUGACUACCGUGCCGUGCAAAUUUUUUUUCGUUAACAUUUAUGACUAAAUAGAUUAAUGGAAAGUUUUAUUAAUAAUUUAGCUCAAAAUGAUAGGCUUGUUCUAUUAAUCAUUGCACAUGUGCAGUCUCAGGAAAGAUUACAAACAUUUGACAAGGAUACUGUUUUUCGAUUUAGUUUCACUGAGAACAAUCUUUUCUAUUAAAAUCAAAGCUUGAUGACUAAGUAAAUUUAUAUUGUGAAAUGAUCUGCUUUAUUAUAAUUUCUUUCUGUUUUCUGUGUGUAUCUUUUCCCUUUUUUUCUCUUUGUUUAGUUCGUAGGUCUUUUAGCAGGGAUUAUCUACUUCCGGACCAAGAUUAAUCAAUCUGGUAUCAUCAACAUCGCUGGAGCGAUUUUCUUUCUGAUAACUUCCACGACGUUUAAUAACAUGGGAUCAGUUAUCUUUGUGAGUAUCCGGGCCUUCAUCAUAUUAGGUUAAAGAAACUACUAUCACGGUUGUACAUCUGGGCAAUCUCAUCUCGAUUUCAAGAUAGCCACUCAGAAACAGCGAGCAUCUCCAUGUUAUUUUACUGCCUACACUAGCUUGUUAUAUAUAUCUCUCUAAUCUUUUCAGGAAAGCUAAUCGUUACAAAAGCAAUUGGCUUUUAUAUACAAUUGGUUCCUUGUUUCUUUUCAGACGUUCCCGCAAGAGCUUUCUGUGUUCUUACGGGAACACCAUAACGGCAUGUACCGUUCGGAUGUUUACUUCUUGUGCAAGACCACUGCUGAGGUAAGGAUGAAUAAGGACUCAAAAGGUAAAAGAGAUAAAGACUACAUUCGCGAUUUUUGAUUGGAUGAAACACUUUCCUCACGUCUGAGAAAGUGUUUCCGUGAUUGUGACUGGAUGAAGAAAUGUCCUUAUGUUUUUUUUUACAUGCGAUGGGUUCCAUCCAAAAUUCUUUGUAAGUAUUAAAAAAGAAAAAAUAUUCAGUAACAGCCCCUGCUGAAACGAUAAAAAAAGUAUUUUUCCUUUGUCGCCAAAGGAAAAAGACUUUUGCUAAACGUUACAAUGCAUUAAGACUUACACUUAUGGCUGUUUCACUUUUUUUAUUGUCGUUUUGUCCUGUGGAGAAUACCUUUGCCAUCACGACAACAGACAAAAACAAGAUCAAAUCAAGAAACUAACCGUUCAGUUUGUAAUCAUCUUGUACUCACUAACUUUUAUUUAUCUUUAGGCGCCUUUAUUUUUGCUUAAUCCUCUCUUCUUGAUGGCCAUCGCGUACUGGAUGAUAGGUGAGUGAACUUAGGACACGAAUGAAAAUUUAUGUAGGUGAAUAAGACAAACGUCCACCAAACAUUUUUCCAAGUUUCUCUUGUCUCUCGGCCAAAUGAUUUAAUAACAUGACCUACUGUAGCAUCACUUUUUAUGGUAACUGUUCUUCAUUUGGUUUUUAUUUUGUUUUUUUUUUCUCAGGUUUGCGUCAACAAAUACUUAGGUUUCUCUACGCGUACGGAAUCCUGGCUUUGAUCAGUAUGGUGGCUGUAUCUUAUGGUUUGUGGUCACUCGUUUCCUUGCGUGUACGAAAGGACAAGUUUUGUUUACAUGUCCUUCUCUAGAGCAUCAGUGAAACUCGAAGAUUGACAUCCAAGGAUACCAGAAUCAUUAAUCGCAUAGCUCGUUUCAGGUUUAAGGUUGCUUUCUCGAAUACUAGUGUGUUUGAAAAGCCCUUGAUACAAGCACAGUUCUUUCCAAACAGUACGACGAGCGGAUAUUUCGUCCACGAAUCCCAAUAUGGACAGAGGAUUAUUAUCUGUUUCAUCAGCUACACUGUUAGCCAACUUUAUAAUUUUUUGUGCUCUAGGUUACAUGAUUUCCACACUUUCCCCGACAGUAGCGACGGCCUCGUCUAUCAGUGCACCCUUACUUCUUCCGCUGUUGUUACUAGGAGGCUUCUACGUAAAAAACACGUAAGUGGCGAUGGUAAUUGAAACCUAACUCAGUGCAGAAUAAAUACUUAUUGAAGAACCUACCGUUUUGAAAUAGUUAAAUCCAAAACAGGAAGAGUUUACCCUGCCUAAUUAUGGCUCAGGCAUGGAACUCCUAUUGACCAUUGAUUUUAAAACUUUCGUAGUUCCAUUCAAGUUCGCUUGCAGUUAAUUCCACAUUAAGUUUGAAAAUCUUCAUGGAAGACACGGUUACCUAAUGUAAAAGUCUCUGAGUUUAUUUCCUAGGCGAUACUUUUUACUCUCACGGCCAUUUUCUCCAUCCAGGAGUACGAGAUACCGGCUAAAGGAAUCUUUCGAAAUGGUUGGAAUUUGAAAGAGUUGGGAUGCGGGGAGGGGGAUUUACCUGCCAUGGUCCACAUCCAUUCAGGGGUCGUAGCAAACCUUCUAAUCGCUUCAUACUAUGGGAACCAGAAUAAGCCCGGGACUGUAGGUCCACUUGGCUUUUGCCAAAGGCCACUCUGUGUUAAGGUGAUACACCUUCUUCUGUGUUAAGGUUAUACAUCUUUUUAUGGUAUGUCGGUUAUAACUAGAAGACAAAGAUUCAGUUGCUUUUUUCUCGUUUUCUUGCUAUUUUGACCUGGAGAUAUUUUCUCCUUUAUAGGACGGUGCCAGUAUGGCUUUCUUGGUUGCAUUACCUUUCAUGGUUCAGCUAUGGAUUUGAAGCUAUGCUUGUCAACCAAUGGAAUGGUUAUGGUGAUAAAAGUAAGUUUUUAUUCUAGUGUAACUCUGAGUAUAUGCGAAUAAUCAAUGGCAAUGAAACUUGGCAAUUUUCGACUAACAGUUUUUGUGAACGGCCACAAAAGCUGGAUCUUAUCCCUGUGUCUGAACCAUGGAGCGGUUUUUAUAAGAUUGGCCUCAGAUCAACCGAGGAUCUUGAAUUGUUGUCGCUUACACGAUUUUGAUUCCUACUUUUACAGUUUGUUCUGGGAAAAAUAAUACAGAUUGCAUUGGUGGAGAACAAGUUCUUCAUGACCUCGGCUUAAAGAAGGUUGGUAAAACAUCCACUAAUUAUUUCAUUGCAGUCAUAGAACAAGUUGAAUAAUGGCGACCUUUUCAGUGUAGCUUUGACUCUGCAUAUCAAGUCUGCUUCAAAACCUUCCUUUAAAACGCCACUUUUCUUCAAAAGAAAAUCUCCAUUAUUCGAGAUUUUCUCCUCCAUUAACCCAAGUUUUCCAUGAAUUUUUUUCUUCAAUUUAUUUGAACUUAACUAGGAACACUUUCUCGAGUAGAUAUCUGUUUACAAAAUGGUGGUUGUGUAGUUUCAGUCAAGAGAAAAAAAAUAUGUUUUUUUUCCUCAGAAAAGGAUUUCCACAACGAGUGAAAACACUAUGUCAGUCCUUCGAAUAAAAAGUCCAUAUCGCACUCCUGGCUAUAGCACUUAAGAACAGGUUAUAUCUUCCUGGAAUUUAGAAAAGAGGGAGCACGGAAUAUCGUGAAAGCGAAAUCAAAUCUCUCUAUGGAAAUCGUCUGUCAAAUUUUUUGGAAUGUUUUAAUCGUUGUUUACCUUUUUCCACAGGAUAACGAGGUUAUAGACAUCUACGCAUUAUUGGCACUCACCAUAGGAUUCCGUUUCAUUGCGUAUCUAUUUCUCUUGAAAAAAGCUUACAAGAAACCCUAAUCAACAAAAUCAACAGACGUGAAGGCGUGAAUGUUCAACAGAAAGUCACGUCUUCUUUUAUACACCAUAGUAAACCACGUCCUUUCAAUGAAAAUAAAAUGUAAAGUAAAGCAAAACAGCUACGUUUAUGAAUAAAUAAAUUGAU